AUGGUUGAGGAUGCUAAUGUGUUAGCACAUGUACUUAAGAUGAUCAAUUUGAUUGAGCAUCUUGAGGUUUUAAAUUUCUCUAUAGAUGCAGAUCUACAGACUAAUUUGAUAUUACAAUCAUUGCCUGAUUACUUUUCCACAUUCAUUAUGAAUUUUCAUAUGAACAAAAUUGAGUGUACACUAGCUGAGCUCCUUAAUCAAAUAAUGACAGCUCAGGGAACUAUGCAGGGUAAAGGUAAGGAGACUACUCUUGUCUUUACUUCAACUAGUAGGACUAAGUCAAAGAAAAAGGCAAGGGGAAGAUUUGCGAUUAAACCCACUAGUAAAGUCUUCAAGGCUAGAGGCAAAGGAACAGGCAAGGAAGUGUCUAAUGACAAAGGGAAGUGUUUCUUUUGUCAAAAGGAAGGACACUGGAAAUGCAAUUGUGUUGAGUAUCUGAAUCCUUGA